CCCGGCGGUCUCUUUAACAUUUCAUUUAUUCUCUGCCUAGAAGUUUAUACAUAACAUGUACAUAAGAAGUAAGUAGCAGAAGUAAAUGGUCACCGACGCAUAGGAAAUUAGUAACAAAAUGGUGUUACUGGAGACAGAAGCGUAGACAUGAGUUACUAUAUAUUACAAGAAAGAGAACUGGACGAUUAAGACCAAAGAAAACAUCACAGUACUUGUAAAAAAUACACUGAAUUUAAUAAUGCACAGUAAAAUAGUAACAGGACAGUGAUAGUGAAGAUAGAAGAAAAGUGUUUGCCCUAGCGGUCUCUUGGCGUUGUUUACAAGAACCGUGAUGGCGGACAGAAGGGUUCGGUGACCAGUGACACUCUUUCAAUUUCCUCCACUCCCAGAACUCAGAGAUUCAACAAGAAAGGGAAAAGAAGAGAGAGAGAGAGAGAGAGAGCAAGAGGCACACAGACAGACAGGCAGUGAGAGAGAGAGCGAGAGACAGACAGACAGAGAGAGAGAGAGAGAGCAAAAUGGAGGGUGAUCUGUGCCCCCUUUCUCUGUCACAGCCAGCAGCCACAGACCUGCCUGAUAUUGCUCAGUUUUUAUCUAUUUAUAUGUCUGAGGAAGAGACACUAGCUCUGCAGGAGGGACGAGUGAGCAGUGUGAUGAGCCACAGUGUAUUCACAGCCACAGAGCAGCCCACACAGCACACAGAAUUGACACCACAGCCAGCACUACCACCACCGCCACCGCCGCCACCACAACAGCAGCAGCAGCAACAACAACAACAACAACAACAACAACAACAACAACAACAACAACGGGAUCAUGAUUUCAGUGUCAUGUCUCUGGUCUCUCACAGCCCCAAUGCAGACUGCGUUGAUGGAAGGGGUGACUGCACCAAUGUCACUGCGGGGGACUGCGCUCAAAACUGUGCCACGCUUGACUUUCCUUGGUGACGGAAUACACAGAGGAGAUGUGCCGCAACACUGCAGCAAAGGCAGGGGAGAUGUGGGCACUUAUACAGUCAUACCAGUGACGUAAUGGCUGCACCGCUUAUUUGGGUGGCUCAUGAAUAACAAGAUAAAGUUAAACAAAAGCAAAAUUUUGUGAGGAAGAGCAAAGGGAUUUACGUUGUAGCAUUGUUUGAGUGAGCGGUAGAAGACAGCUAGAUAUGCAACAUUGCGGCGGUGAGAGAGAGGCUGAAGACAGUCAGUUAGAGGAGAGGAGUUGAUGAGACGAAAAGCAUUUGAUUCCACCCUGUCUAGAAGAGCAGUAUGAGUGGAACCCCCCAGACAUGUGAAGCAUACUCCAUACAUGGACGGAUAAGGCCCUUGUACAGAGUUAGCAGCUGGGGGGGGAUGAGAAAAACUGGGGGAGACAUCUCAGAACACCUAACUUCAUAGAAGCUGUUUUAGCUAGAGAUGAGAUGUGAAGUUUCCAGUUCAGAUUAUAAGUAAAGGACAGACCGAGGAUGUUCAGUGUAGAAGAGGGGGACCAUUGAGAGUCAUUGAAGAAGAGGGGAUAGUUGUCUGGAAGGUUGUGUCGAAUUGAUAGAUGGAGGAAUUGAGUUUUUGAGGCAUUGAACAAUACCAAGUUUGCUCUGCCCCAAUCAGAAAUUUUAGAAAGAUCAGAAGUCAGGCGUUCUGUGGCUUCCCUGCAUGAUAUGUUUACCUCCUGAAGGGUUGGACAUCUAUGAAAAGACGUGGAGAAGUGCAGGGUGGUAUCAUCAGCG